ACGUGAAUGCCUAAGAGUGUUAGUUAUUGCUGUAAGUGAGACCUCGAAAUAUUAAGCACUGAAUAAUCAACCAACACACCCUAAUGCCGGCAGACAAAAUACUCAGGAUUAUAACAAAAAUAUUAAAUCGGAAAAGCAUCAGAGAAGAUAUACAUUUGGACUACGCACCUUACUAAACUACAACGAAAUUUGUAGUGAACUGUAAGAAAUAUUUUAACAACUUAUUAUCAUGGAUAAUCCAACAAUAAAAAGCAGCAAUCGGAAUCACAACAAUAACAAGCAAACAGGAAAUAGUUAUCAACCUCUGACUCUCACUUCAGCUUCAGUUAAUACUCCGUUGAAUAAGGUCAUUAAACAUGAUCUGUUUCCUGAAGUAACAUUUUGUAAUUUGUCGAUGAACGACUUGCACGAUGAAUAUGGACACAGUCGUAACGCUUUAAAGCAUAGCAUAGUAGCCAUUAAUGUGGAUGCAGAUAAUCAGAAUAGUAGUGCACUGACCUGUCUAAUGAAUGACAGCUAUACUCAUCAGCAAGCGAAAAAUCGGAAACGUUUGAUUUCCAAUGAAUCGGGAGACUCAUCAAUUGAAUCAGGCGCCACGGAAAAAAAAGCUCCACCAAAAAUGCCCGAUGGUGGCUAUGGAUGGGUUGUAGUUUUCGCUUCGCUGGUCGUCUCUCUGAUAGCUGAUGGACUUUCAUUCUCUUUUGGGCUUAUCAACACAGAGCUAUUGGAAUAUUUUGGCGAAUCUGCUUCAAAGACCGCCUGGAUUUCAUCACUUUUUUUUUCUGUACCCCUGCUAAUGGGUCCUAUUUGGUCAAAUUUAGUGGAUAAAUAUGGUUGUCGUCGCAUGACCAUUCUGGGUGGUAUUGUAUCAGCAUUUGGCUUCGCUCUCUCUUCAUUGUGUACUUCAAUUGAAAUGCUAAUGGUUACUUUCGGCCUUAUUUCAGGUUUGGGUCUAGGCAUAGGCUAUGUGACCGCUGUUGUCUCCAUAGCAUUUUGGUUUGAUAAAAAACGAUCAUUUGCCACAGGCAUUGGUGCUUCGGGCACAGGCAUAGGUACUUUUGUAUAUGCCCGUUUGACUCAGUAUCUUAUAGAUUCUUAUGGUUGGCGGGGAGCUAUAUUAAUAUUAGGGGGUACUAUGCUAAAUGCUUGUGUUUGUGGUGCCCUUAUGCGUGAUCCCGAUUGGUUGAUCGAAGAAAACCGAUUGGAGAGUCGUUCACAGAGUGUAACUACAUUCUCCAACUCCAGUGUGUGUCUGGAUGAAAUAAAGAAACUGUUAGACACAGGCUUAACCAAAGAAGCUGUCCUUGAUACGCUGGUGACAAAGAACAAUACUGAAGCAAAUCAGCAGAUUGAAGAUCCAUUGGACAUCGCAAUAAAGCGAUAUCGCAGUGAGAUAUUUUUACCUACCUUUUUAAGUACCCAAGAGCUGGACAGCGUUUGUGAGGUAAAAAGCGAAAGUCGUCGUUCUUUACGUCAUAAGGAGGGUGCUGAAGCUCCAUCACGUGAGAAUUUGUUAUCCACUAAGACCAUGGUGGAAGCACCUUUACCAACAGCAACGGAAAUUGUAUCGUCCAAAAAAAUGUAUCUGGCCUCUAGUGAGACACUAUCGUCGUCUAAGAACCCAUCAGUUAAUGGCGCCACAUCUGUAAAUUUUGAUGAAAGCUUUCUUAUGAAAAAAUUUGACCUCAAUUCUCGCUUUUCACUUAAUGAAAACAUUUUUAUGGCUAAGAAUCGAAUCACAACGUCAAUUGCUGCUAACUUGCGACACAAUUCAGUGGAUAUUUUAAACAACGAUGUGCAUAGUUUUUACAAGGAUGAGGCGUUGUCUUUAGGGGAAAGAAAGUCCAACAUCUCAACAGUUACAAUAGGCAUACCCCAUCAGUUAAAUAAUAGUGAACUGGACAUCCGUCGCGCUCGUCUGAAUAGUAUUACUGGCCUUCGACGUCUAUCAAAAUCAAAAAAACCAAAUCAACACCAUUAUCACUCAAAUCUACGCCGACAAGUUUCUAUACGAAAUUCCAAUUUCCUUAAAGACAUGCGCAUCCAUAGGAAUUCCAUUAACUAUCGGGGUGCCAUGCUGAAUACGCAUCGAUAUCGACUCCGUGCCAGUUCCUGUCCAAAUAUCUAUCGCAAUUCAAUGACAACAAUAGCCAAAGAGGAAGAAGAUACUUGGUAUGAUAACUUUGUUGACACCAUAAAGUCCGCAUUUGACUUCUCACUAUUUUUGGAUUUAAAAUUUGCACUCUUCAAUUUGUCUACAUUAUUUCUAUUUAUUUGGUUCAUCAUACCAUAUCUUUAUUUGCCCGACUACUUGAAACAAUAUGAUUAUGAAGUAAACGUAAGUGCUGUAUUAAUAUCGUCCAUAGGCAUAGCCCAGACAGUUGGUAUGGUUGUUCUUGGGUAUCUGGGUGACUUGGCAUGGAUGAAUAUCAAUAUUUGUUACUCUUUGUGUAUGUUAGUGUGUGGGGCCUCGGUCUUUUUUAUGCCGCUUCUUUUGACGUAUUAUAAUGGCCUAAUGGUAAUGUGUGUCAUCUUUGGCUUUACUUUUGCCAGCUCGUUUUCAUUUACACCCAGCAUAUUAGUCAGCAUUGUGGAUUUAGAUGAUUUCACUUGUGCCUAUGGUUUGGUGUUACUUGUUCAGGGGAUAGGCAUGAUUGCUGGUCCACCUGUAGCUGGUGUUAUAUAUGAAUAUACUGGAAGGUGGGAUGACUCCUUCUACUACGCCGGCAUAUUUAUAGCUCUAUCAGGAGUUUGUUCGUAUAUGAUUGAAUUUUGUGAGACAAAAGCAACUAAGGAAAAUUAUAGUGAUGUGACAGAGACUAAAAAACCACAAAUUUUACCCUAAACACAUUGGGACAACAAAUGUUGAAAUAAAAACUGUAGCGUCUUGUUAAAAAGUUUUGUUCGUCAAAAAUGAAAUUCGCAAAAGAAAGGAGCCUCCAAUAUUGAAAAGAACUUGUUGUUUAAAUCUUUUGCAACUCAUUUUUAUUCGGUGUUACACAUAGUGUGAAUGAUAUUGUUAAACAAAUGCAGUGUAUCACUGCUACGGGUAAUAUUAAACCUUACAAUAAAACUACAAUAAAAUCUAAAAUUAUCGUCACCAUAAAAUAA